AUGGAAGACGAAACGAACUUAAUAUCAAGCACGACCAACGUAACGGUUGGUGAUUGUGAUUCAAGUGCAAGCAAUCAUCUAUUACCGAAAAAGCGAAACAUUAAUGCACGUGAGGGAAAAGCUUGCAUUUCAGGUUCAAAAUUCAAAGGUGUUGUAGGGCAAAAUAAUGGUCAUUGGGGAGCUCAAAUAUAUGCAAAUCAUCAAAGAAUUUGGCUUGGUACUUUCAAAACUGAAACUGAAGCAGCAAUGGCUUAUGAUAGUGCUGCUAUUAGACUUCUUGGACCAGAUCAUUCACAUAGAAAUUUGUCUUGGACAAAUUCCACAAUUCAAGAACCUAAUUUUCAGACACAAUUUUCAACUGAAGAUAUUCUAAGAAUGAUCAAAGAAGGUUCUUAUACUUCAAGGUUUGAUGAGUAUUUGAAAGAGAAAUUUGAAGAUCAUUUUCAAUCUUUGAAAACCUUACAAAAAGUGAAUGAGGGUAAUGCUGAAUUCUCCUACAAACAGCUUUUUCAAAAAGAGCUAACUCCAAGUGACGUUGGAAAGCUUAAUAGGCUUGUGAUUCCAAAGAAAUAUGCAACAAAGUAUUUUCCCCAAAUCCAAGACGAGGAGAUGAUCUUUUAUGAUACCUCAAGGAGAUUAUGGAAGUUCAGGUAUUGUUAUUGGAAAAGUAGUCAAAGUUUUGUUUUCACAAAAGGUUGGAAUAAGUUUGUGAAAGAUAAAGGUCUACGAGCAAAAGAUACAAUCGUUUUCAACUUGUGUGAAUUCAAGAAUGGAACAAAAGAGGAUUGCAAUGCCUUUGUAAUUGAUGUGGUGAAGAAUAUUGAUGGUAUGCCAAUGAAUUUAACACUCAAUCAUCAUGAACAAGAAGAAACUAUUGAUGAUCAUGAAGUGGACACCCAAGAAUUCACAAAGGCACAACCAUUUGAUGAUGAUGAUGAUGCUUUGGUACCAGUUUGGCUUUUUGGGAAGCAAAUAGGUUGGAUUGAGACAAAAGGAGCAAUGGAGUUUAAUUAA